GCGGUUUCACACGAGCCUCCUCUCUCUGAUUCCGAACAUCACAUUUUCUCCAAAUUCACCCACCACCACCGCCAUUGAACAUCUCUCCUUCGAGAAACACAAUCAAAAAAGGUUUUCAAUCUCUCCUCAAAUCUCAAGAAAUCCGCAAAAAAAAAUGGGGAAGAACGAGAAGACGUCUCUAGGUCGAGCCCUAGUGAAGCACCACAACCACGCGAUCCAGGAAACAAAGGAGAAAGGGAAACAGUACAAGUCCCAGAACAACAAGAAGGUUCUCGAAUCCGUCACGGAGGUCAGCGACAUCGACGCCAUCAUCGAGCAAGCCGAGGAAGCUGAGCGUCUCUUCGCUAUUCACCACGACUCCGCAACGCCUGUGCCCAUCAAUAUGGACGCGGGUUCGAGCUCGAGUGGUGUAACGGCUAAAGAAUGGAAAGAGCAACGGAUGAGAGAAGAGGCUUUACAUGCUACUAGUCUUCAAGUUCCCAGAAGACCUCAUUGGACACCUAAAAUGAGUGUGGAACAACUUGAUGCUAAUGAAAAACAAGCUUUUCUCUCUUGGCGCAGGAAGCUUGCCAGCCUCGAGGAAAAUGAAAAGCUUGUGUUGACACCAUUCGAGAAGAACCUUGACAUAUGGAGACAACUUUGGCGAGUGCUUGAACGAAGUGAUUUGAUUGUUAUGGUUGUUGAUGCUAGAGAUCCUCUGUUUUACCGUUGCCCUGAUCUUGAGGCAUAUGCACGAGAAAUUGAUGAGCAUAAAGAAACAAUGCUUCUUGUAAACAAGGCGGAUCUCUUACCUCCUUAUGUCAGGGAGAAGUGGGCGGAAUACUUCACCCGCAACAACAUUUUGUUCGUCUUCUGGUCAGCCAAAGCCGCUACUGCUACCUUAGAUGGCAAACCCUUAAAAGAACAGUGGACCCCAGCACCUGAAACCUCUCCAGCUGUUAAAGUAUAUGGCAGGGACGAGCUUUUGGACCGGCUAAAAUUCGAGGCUCAGGAGAUAGCGAAAAGGAGGAAAGCUUCUGCUGAUUCGCACCGAGAACGUGUUGUGGUUGGCUUUGUUGGGUACCCUAACGUGGGGAAGAGUUCAACGAUCAACGCACUGGUAGGUCAGAAGCGGACAGGCGUCACAUCUACCCCCGGGAAGACAAAGCAUUUCCAGACGUUGAUAAUCUCCGAGGAGCUGAUGCUCUGCGAUUGCCCUGGUUUGGUCUUCCCUUCGUUCUCGAGUUCGAGAUACGAUAUGAUCGCCUGUGGGGUGCUUCCGAUAGACAGGAUGACAGAGCAUCGGGAAGCUGUUAAGGUCGUGGCUGAACGUGUUCCUCGAGAUGUUAUUGAGGAAGUGUACAACAUCUCUCUGCCUAAACCCAAAAGCUAUGAGUCUAGGUUCCGUCCACCACUUGCCUCGGAGCUUCUUAGAACUUACUGCCUCUCUCGUGGCUACGUUGCCGCUAGUGGUCUACCUGACGAGACGAGAGCUGCUAGGCAGAUUUUGAAAGACUACAUCGAAGGUAAGCUUCCACAUUUUGCCAUGCCUCCGGAGAUGACCCGAGAUGAUGAAAACGAGACGGGUGAAACUGGAGAGGGGUCACAGUCUGAGGUAAGUGAAGAAGCUCGUGGGCCUGGGCUUGAUCAAGUUCUAGAUGAUCUCAGCUCGUUUGAUAUUGCAAAUGGGAUUGGGUAUUCCAAGAAGAAACAAGUGGACUCGCAUAAACAGCACAAGAAGCCGCAGAGGAAAAACUGAUCGGUUUCAAUGUAUUGAUCAGUAAAUGCUCGAAAAUAGUAUGAAACAGUGUUUGAUUCUUAUGUGAAAGUGUGUCCUUGCGAAAUAUUAUCGAGAACUUUCCAGGUCGAUUGCCAUUGACGUAUUAUAGGAUCGCUCUGCGCUUACUCGUAGGCAAAGCAUAGUUUCAUACAACCAGUAAGUUCGUUGUGUACCCAUGACGAGACAACUAAACUUAAAUUUCAAUCGAAUGUGUGUUUCUUA